AUGUCUAUAUCUAAAGUUUUUUGGGUUAUAUCCCUUAUUAGUCUCCAAUUUUCGUUGGCAAAUUGUUAUUCUACAAAGGGUCUUGUUCCAGCUUUGUAUGUUUUUGGUGAUUCAACUGUAGAUGCUGGAAAUAACAACAAUUUGAAUACUGUUGCUAAAGCUAAUAAUUUCCCAUAUGGCAUAGAUUUCAAUAAUUGCUCUACUGGAAGGUUUAGCAAUGGCAAAACCUUUGCAGAUCUUAUUGCAAUUAAAUUAGGUUUACCAAUGCCACCUCCAUACAUCGGUGUUUCAACAACUGAGAGAUAUCAAAUAACGUCGGGUAUGAACUAUGCGUCAGGCUCAUGUGGAAUCUUGAAUUCAACAAGAAAUGGAGAAUGCUUGUCAUUGGAGAAACAAGCUGAAUAUUUCACCUCAACGGUGAUGAAUGAUCUUCCAAGAAACUUGCAAAGCAAAACAAAAUUGAGACACUACUUAUCAAAAUCUAUAUUUCUUUUAUCAACCGGUUCCAACGAUUACAUUCUCAAUUAUUUUAAACAAAAAAUGGGAAAAAAUAAAAUGAUUAAUCCUGAAGAAUUUGCAGAUUAUCUUAUCGACCAACUUGGUUCAAAUAUAAAGGUAUGUUUUUAA